AUGGCUGCCUCUGCUUCGGCCCCUCCGCAUCUCUCCUCCCCGGCGCUUGGAGUUGCCGAUCAUGAAGAUAGCAACGUUUCCAGCCCUCUCAGUGAGGUUGAUACGAAAGAUGAUAAUGACGACGAGAUCGAACAUAUGCAUCUAGAUCACGACGACGAAGACAGCGUUCGGCGUAGUCCUAGAAAGAAACCCCACGCCGCCUCUGACUCUGACAGCGUCCUCUCUGACGCCCACUCUGAUCUUCCAUCCGAUGGCAACGUCACAGAAGCCGAGACAGAAAGGCUCUACGACACACCUCGACAUCAGAGACAGAGAGACGUUGUGGUAGACCAAUUUAAUGAGGGUCAAGUCUAUGAGCAUACUCCCAGCAAGCUACGAAGAACUGCCAACCUACACGAUCUUGACGAUGACGAAUCUGCCAUUGAUGAUGACGACGCUUCAACAGGCUCGCCUACAGUCGGUGGAGACUCUCCGACAAAGCGCGCGACCAUGAACGACGAAGACUUCGAGGAUGGAAACAAAAGUGACACCCAAGAGCGCAAGCGCAAGCGCUCACCCGCCGCCGAGCAAUCCGAAACAGAACAGCCGCUUAGAAAACGAACUAGUUCAGUACAUGCGACUGAUGCGGGCGCACUCCACCAGCUCGAAGAGACCGUGCUUCAUGAGGGUGAGGCCACUCCCGCGAACGGGAGUAGCGGUACCCAUACACCUGUUGAAGACAUCGAUGUAUCCCCGCGGAAAAAGCCCACAAGUCGCGAAUCUGAUCUGACGGAACGCAUAUCACGUGUAGCUAAGAAAAACACGCGUGGAUCUAAACGAAAAGCAGCCGCUGCUGCUGAUCUAGAUCACGACACUGACAGCGGCAGCCAUGAUGGUGCGCGUGAUAGCGCAAGAGGGACGGACGUGGAUAAUCACGGUGAUGAAGUCGACCCAGACGCUGACGAGGAGGUGGACUCGGCGACUGCGCACGAUGAAGAAUUGGAACGCAAACACGCCGCGUUCAAGGAUUGGACAGUCAUAGAAGAAAUGUUCGGGGUCUUUCGUGAUAGACUCUAUAAAGACCGACUCCAAAGGCUUGAAGAAGAAGAGCAAUCUCUCCUCGCUGAUGUACCGACACACCCCGAAUAUCUCAACAUGAAGCAGUGUUUGGAUGAUCGAUUAGAGCAAAAGCUACGUGAAAUUCACAAUGAGCACGAGUACCGUAUCAAAGCUCAUGAAAGACGAUCCGUUGCUCAGCGUGCCCAAAUUUGGGGUCAAUAUUACCAAGCUGUCAGGGAAAAGAGGGAAGGCACCUUGGAAUCACUCAAUCAAGAAUGGUACGAUAUUCAGACUGCAAGACGGAGUGCACAUAGUUUGCAAGAUUGCGGUCUACUCUAUCCAAAGGAUCCGGCACAACGAGUUCGAAACGCGAUUGCCUACAACACCGAGGUCUCGGCGCUGGCUACAAUUGCCAAAUACGAAGGAUUCCCCGCUGGCCCUGAAAUGACAGGAGCGACAUCGUCAGAACUCGAGGACGAUCUAGCUGCUAUCGAGCGAGCAAAACGAUCACGACACAAGCCAACAAGCCAGAGGCGUGAGGAAUAUUACACUCCGCCUUUUGACCGCCUCGGCCCGGCAGGGGAGCAAUUUCUUCGAGAAACCCCUUGGGCAAAUCCGAACCAUCUACUUCACAAGAUGUACCCCACGACAGCUCCAGCAGAGGCACGACCUGACGAUGCGGCUAGUCGUAGUGCGCAACAGAUGCCUGGACCUCCUCCUGUUGAUAUCAAGUCAAGCUUGAAUGUUACUGCUCAAGUCACGCAACAGUCCCCAUCACUUCCCACACGAUUAUCAGAAUCACCAGAGUUGACCCGAACCAUGCUUAGUCCAGCCCAUCAGGUGAAGAAGGUUGGUAACCUCCCAGGCGUGAGUCGCAGUACAAAAACGGCAGCGACAUAG